AUGCACAGCCAGUCCGGGAAGCGCGCACAGUCUGCUCAGCCUGCCCAUCAGACCUCUACCCCACAGUCUGGUGUCAGGCACUCUACCUCCAAUCUGCACUCAAUCCCGGAGGAUCUUGCGACUGUGGGUACAAGCCAGGACCGGCAUCAAGCUUUCAAUCUCGAUCCGGCCGAUCAACUGAUUGGGGGAGGCAUCUCAUACCGUAGAUCUGCGCCACCGGCUUACUCCUCUGGCCGAACUUCGCAAAAGGACAGACCUGACUCUACCGUGCAUUCGCCGAUGCCUCACAUGACCCCUCAAGAAGAUGCUAUGUCGCAAUCGACUCCGAGUGUGGACGAGAUGAUGGAUGUGGAUGAUUAG